GCUGUGGCACCAGCUGACUCUGCAAGUCUUAGACUUUGUGCAGGACCCCUGCUUUGCCCAGGGAGAUGGGCUUAUCAAGCUCUAUGAGAACUUCAUCAGUGAGUUUGAGCACAGGGUGAACCCCCUGUCCCUGGUGGAGAUCAUCCUGCACGUGGUGAGGCAGAUGACAGAUCCCAAUGUGGCCCUGACUUUUCUGGAAAAGACUCGGGAAAAGGUGAAGAGCAGUGACGAGGCCGUGAUCCUCUGCAAAACAGCCAUUGGGGCCCUCAAGCUGAACAUUGGGGAUCUGCAGGUCACCAAGGAGACCAUUGAGGAGGUGGAGGAGCUGCUGAACACCCUCCCUGGGGUGACAUCGGUGCACAGCCGCUUCUAUGACCUCUCCAGCAAGUACUACCAGACGGUGGGGAACCAUGCGGCCUACUACAAGGAUGCUCUGCGCUUCCUGGGCUGCAUCGAGGUGAAGGACCUGCCAGUGUCAGAGCAGCAGGAGAGAGCCUUCACCCUGGGGCUGGCUGGGCUGCUGGGAGAAGGCGUGUACAACUUCGGGGAGCUGCUCAUGCACCCUGUGCUGGAGUCCCUGCGCAGCACCGACCGCCAGUGGCUCAUCGACACUCUCUUCGCCUUCAACAGUGGCAACGUGGAGACCUUCCAGGCCCUCAAGUCAGCCUGGGGGCAGCAGCCCGAUCUGGCUGCCAACGAGGCGCUUCUGUUGCAGAAGAUCCAGCUGUUGUGUCUCAUGGAGAUGACCUUCACCCGCCCAGCCAACCAUCGGCAGCUCACCUUUGAGGAGAUCGCCAAGAGUGCCAAAGUCACCGUCAAUGAGGUGGAGCUGCUGGUGAUGAAGGCGCUCUCAGUGGGGCUGGUGAAGGGCAGCAUCGACGAGGUGGACAAGAGGGUGCACAUGACGUGGGUGCAGCCACGGGUGCUGGACUUGCAGCAGAUCAAGGGGAUGAAGGACCGCCUGGAGUUCUGGUGCACAGACGUGCGCAGCAUGGAGAUGCUGGUGGAGCACCAAGCCCAUGACAUCCUCACAUAGAGAGCCUGGCACUGCCCUGGGAGAGCGAUUCUUGCUGCUCCUGAGGCCAUGGGAGACCACUGACUGCACUGAAUCCAUGGAAGGGGGUGGGUGGGCAGAG